CAAUCUUAUUAAUACUUUAACAAUGACUGAUCCUAUUGCAAGGACAACACCCAGACCUAAAGUUUCUUUAACCAUUUAUAAUAGAUUAAUUAAAAACGAAACCAAGCCAGCACAAAGCAUAAAGUUAGAACAAUGGAAACGGCUGCAAGAAUUAAAGAGAAGACGAGAAGAAGUUCAAAUUAGCUGUAAUAAGAAAAAAAAAAAACAAGACGAUCGUUUGUCCACAAACUAUCAACAAGAAGUAGACUUAAAACGUUCAGAUUCAUUAUCUUCAUCAAGUCAAACUACUUCACAGUCAUCAAUAGGCCUUUUCGAUCAGACAAUUCGUCAAACUAUACCAAAAAGUCUAAUAAAAUAUGUAAAUAUGAAUUCUCAUUUGAAAGAUGUAGAUCAUGGCCGCCUAGCUCCAAAGGGCCGAUUAGAGAAAGAACUUGAUAAAGCUGUAGAAAACGGUGAUUUGGAACUAGCUUCAAAAAUUAGCGAUCAGAUUUCACAAAGGAAUUUUGAAAACACAAUGCGAGAAGCAAUAGAACGUAAAGAAUACGAUGAAAGAAAAAAACACGAAGAAGAAUUAAAAGCAAAAAAGAAAAAACCAAAAUUAAAAUGGGGAUUUGAAUCAAAACAUCGUUGGGAGACUAAAAGCAAUAUGUAA